CACCGGAAGUAACCCGCAAUUUCACCGGAUAUCUGCAAGCGCCGCCUGGAAAAGGCCCUUUUCCGUCUCUGAGAAGUGUGGUACAGAACGGCAGACACAAUGACUGAGUGGGAAACUGCCCCAGCUGUGGCUGAGUCCCCAGAGAUCAAACUCUUCGGCAAGUGGAGCACCGACGAUGUCCAGAUCAAUGACAUCUCCCUGCAGGAUUACAUUGCUGUGAAAGAGAAGUAUGCCAAGUACCUGCCUCACUCUGGAGGACGUUAUGCGGCCAAACGUUUCCGUAAGGCCCAGUGCCCCAUUGUGGAGCGUCUGACCAACUCCAUGAUGAUGCAUGGCCGCAACAACGGCAAGAAACUGAUGACAUGUCGCAUCGUCAAGCACGCCUUCGAGAUCAUCCACCUGCUGACAGGAGAGGUAUGCAUAGUGCUCGGUUCAUCUAACUCCUACGCCAUCAAGAAGAAGGACGAGUUGGAGAGAGUUGCCAAGUCCAACCGUUAACAUGUUUUCUUUCUACCAAAACAAAUAAAUUUGAAGAAAUUCCA